AUUGUCAUUCGCGCUCGUCAGAACACACAAAAGGCUAAACGCGGUACAACGUGGCGUAUGCGGCACGCGCAAAAAUCGAAAACAAAAAAUUGUAGAAAGUAACAAUAAAAAAUAGUUAAAUAAGCAUUACACAAAUAUAUGUAUGAAUUGUGGAUUGUGAAGUGUGUUACAAAAAAGCAUAGAAACAAAAACCAACGGAAAAUUAUUAAUAAAAUUAGUAAAACGCAGCAAAACUUAAUGUAACAAAGUAGCGAACGCAUUAAAUAAUAAACAGAGGAAGAUUUGUUAAGAAAGUUUUGCAAAAAAGUGGCAAGAAUUUGAAGUGUUUGCGUUUUUCUUUGCUUUUAAACUUUAUCCUUAAACAUCAACAAAUAGAAGUGAACUUAUUGUUUUUUUUGUGUAAUAAGUGCAAACUUUUCGCUGGAAGGAUUUCACGCACAUACAGACACACUCACACAUUUAAAACGAAUUGUGAAAUUCAAAAGCGUGAAAAAUAUAAUAAAUCAUAAAUAACUGCAAAUAUAAAAAAACAACAAAAAAUGCUGUCGAAAUUGUUCCAUAUUUUUGCUAUUGUUGCACUGCUGCUUUUCGCUCUGAUGCCAACCAGCCAGUGUGGACCGUUGCCAAAAGUGGAUGAGCAACAACUUUCGAAAAUACCGCAAUGGCAUUGUUUGCGCUACUUCAAACACGAUUUGUUGAUGAUGCGUCGCUGUCGGCAUUUGCAUGUGCCGACGGCGCCACGUUCGGGUAAUGUCAAAUGAGUGCUAAUGCUGGGUGGACCCUGCCGCCCACCACACUGGAUUGGUUUCGUUGCGGACUGAUUAACUAAAUGACUUACAUAUAUAUACAUAGUAUAACAAGGAGGAGGAGGAGAAAAAUGUUUAUUGCAACAACAAUAAUUACUUUAAUAGCAAGCACAACAACAGCAGCAGUAGCAGCAGCAGUAGCAGCAGCAACAAGCAAACGAAAAAGCUUAAUAUUUUGACCGAAGUUGUAUACAUACAUGCGUAUGUGUGUAUGUGUUCAUGUAUUGUUAUGCACAAAUUUAUAUACUCAUACGACAAUACGCACCCACUGACUGAUUAUCGCAUAAAUAAUGUGUGAAAAUAUGUAUGUACGGGUAUGUAAGUGUAAUUGCUCGCAGAAUCAAAAAGACCCGGAAAUGUAGGCAAUUUUUUUCUUUCUUUUUUUUGUUGCCUUUUAUUUUGAUCAAAUAUUAUAUACAAAUACUCAAAUAAAAAGGUACUCACGCACAUUUGCAUACAUACAUAUAUAUGUGAAUAUAUAUAUGUUCUUGUGUAUAUAAGGAAAUAUUUUGUUGUACAUCUCAACUAAACUGCAUACAUACAUAAAAAGAAAAUAAUAAAAAUACUCAAUAGUAAAAAAUUUAUUUCUCAGGAAAUUUUCUAUGAUUCCGUAUGACCGCGAAAAUUCUUUGUACAAGGAAAAAUAUUGAAAAAUUAUCUGAGCAAAAUUUCAAUAAUACAAAAUUCAGCAAAAUGUCUUUACGUGCAUUCAUUUAUUUUGUAGCAAUUAGUAGCAGCAUUUAGCUCUAAUUUUACUUAAAAAAUAAUAUUAAAUACUUUUAAGAAAAUACAUAUUUACAUAACUGUAUUUAUGCUCAAAUAAUAA